AUGACGCCCGCCGCCUUCGACUCGGGCGUCGAGCCCCCCGAAUCGAGCUGUCCCUUUUGCACAAUCGCAGACGAAUACCCUGCAUACGACCCGGAGCACCCGCCGCAAGACGACGCGACGCUGGACCCGAACCGGAUCCCGACGCCCGCCUUCGUCGUGCUCUCGACGCCCACCCUCAUCGCCUUCCUCGACAUCCUGCCGCUCUCGCGCGGUCACCUGCUGCUCUGCCCGCGGACGCACCGGCCGAAGCUGACGGACGCCUCGCCCGAGGAAUCGGCCGAGAUGGGACGGUACCUGCGCGUGCUGUCCAACGCCCUGGCGCGCACGACGGGCGUCGAGGACUGGAACGUCGUCCAGAACAACGGGGCCGCGGCCGCGCAGGUCGUCAUGCACAUGCACUUCCACCUCAUUCCGCGGCCCGAGAUCCGCGCGAGCGGUCGGUACAGCGAGAGCUUCACAAUGUUUGGGCGUGGGCGGAGGGAGGAGCUGGACGAGGAGGACGCCGAGCACUUUGCCAAGGACCUGCGGGAGAACGUGGCCGAUGUUUUGAGGGAAGAGGCACAUAAAGCGAAGCUGUGA